AUGCCCUGGUUGGUGGAGUCCCAGCUCUCCAGGACCGGGAAAGAGACAGCAGGGAACCAGGCUGGGGUGAUGGGCUGUACAGUGGGUACCACAAAGUGGGGUGAAAGGCUGCUCAGGCCACCAAUGGUAAUUGGCCAAUUCCACACUCUUUUCUUUGGUUCAGUUUAUAUGUUACUCCUUGGCAUUUGGGGCUUUGCUGUUCAUGGAAAUGAGGCCUUGCAUUUCAGCUAUGACCCAGAAAGACAGGUUAAUCUUUUCUGUUACUAGCUCAGGCCUAUAACUCUUGAGACAUACUUUUCUGCCGUAUUUUAGGUAUUCAGGGCGUAAGAACUGGUGAUUGUACUGGUACCUGGAGUACCUUUUCACGUUCAUGCUGCAUGUAAGAGCAUCAAACAGGAAGAUAUCUACCAAAAGUAAUUCUACGCUGUUUUUUGUAUCUUCUCUGCUUUCUCAAGGAUUAUCCUUGAAGCUGUCUGUCUUUGGCUUCAAAUUCAGCUCUCUGGUUUCAGAGAGAAUGCAAUCUACCUGCAUGAUGUGGGAGCGCUUGAAAAAAAGUUCAACAUUACUCAGUAUGUGGGACCAAAGCACUUUGCAAAGACCAUUUUUCUUAUUGCAAUGUACACAUUUACUGUGAUUACAGUGGUUUUUGUUGGCAAAAUUUUUGAGAUCUCAUGUAAAAGGCUAGGUUUGUCAAGAACUGUCACUCCCAGUCAUUUACUAACUUGUUCGCCUGCAGUUUUAUAACAAAAAACAUCUCCUGUCUUCUAUGCAGUGUUGCAGAAGAGAACCACCGUCAUUAUUACUGCUUGAGUAGUUAUCUGACACUUAUCCUCAUCUAAAAACUUCCACAUUGUGUAAAUAAACUUUGUUUCCAUGGCAAACCAAAGUCAAAAAGAUGAGAGUAACAUGUUUUCAUGACCUGCCACAUUUAAUAGUUUGACCCCAGAGGAGUAUCUGUGUGUGAACAGGAGGUUAUUUAUAAACGUAUUUCUAGUCACAGCUUUCCCAAACAUGUGCAAUUGGAGUGAAUCAUGUUAUUGACCUUCCAAGUAAAACUAU